ACCCGCUGAUACAGGCGGAAGUGAGCUUGCGAGUGGACUUUUCUUUCGUGAACACCGUUCUUUCCUCGUGGAAGAAGCUACCAGCUGAAUAGCUAACUAACUAGCUACCAGUCAACUUAAAAUGUCUAAACAACAGUCGUUUCAUGUGUUUUUAAAUGAGCGCUUAACUGCGGCUACUGUGGAGAUUUUCGGGGAAGUUGAGAAAACGGUACUGAAAUACCAGGAGGAGAAUGAUCGGCUACGGAGACUGCUGCUGAUCACAUCGGAGGUUAAACUAUGUAGAACAGAUUCCCUGCAGCUCUCUGUCUCUGAAGAGGAGGUUCCCCCUGAGCAGCAGCACUGUGAGCAGGAGUGGAGCCCCAGUCUGGGACAGAAGGACCCAGAGACCAUACAGAUUAAAGAGGAACAGGAGGAAGUCAGGACCAGUCAGGAGGAAGAGCAGCUUCAAGGGCUCUUUGAUACCAAAGACUCCAUAUCCACUCCUUCCUGUGUGAAAAGUGAAUGUGAUCAGGAGGACCCAUGUCAAGAAGCUGUACUUGCUGAACACCCAACUCUCAGUCCACUGAAAACAUCUAAACUACAGUUGUUUCGUGUGUUUUUAAAUGAAUGUUUAACGGCAUCUGCUGCUGUGGAGAUUUUUGGUGCGGUUGAGGAAACUGUAGCAGAGUACCAGGAGGAGAAUGAUCUGCUACGGAGACUGCUGCGGAUCACACCAGAGAUACAACUAUGUAGAAUAGACUCCCUGCAGUUCUCUGUCUCUGAAGAGAAGGUUCCCCCUGAGCAGCAGCACUGUGAGCAGGAGUGGAGCCCCAGUCUGGGGCAGAAGGACCCAGAGACCAUACAGAUUAAAGAGGAACAGGAGGAAGUCAGGACCAGUCAGGAGGAAGAGCAGCUUCAAGGGAUCGUUGAUACCAAAGACUCCAUAUUCACUCCUUCCUGUGUGAAAAGUGAAUGUGAUCAGGACCCACUUUGGUCCUUGACUCUUCCCCAAACCCAGACUGUGGAGAACAGAGAGAGAGACUCUAAACCAGUGGAUCUCACACCUUUUGGCACUGUGACCCACAUUAAGGGUCUCAACAUUCUCUGUGACCCUCCAGAUAAUCAAAACAAUGCCUCCAGCCACAGUUCAGCUGUAAGCAGUGACACAGUAGGACUUGACAACAGCCCACCAUUGGAUCCCAGCCCACCAUUGGAUCCCAGCCCACCAUUGGAUCCCAGCCCACCAUUGUAUCCCAAACACAAAGGAGAUCUGUCCAAUCACAUGAGGAUUCACACAGGAGAGAAGCCAUUUAUCUGUGGUGAGUGUGGGAAAAACUUUAAUCACAAGAAGCACCUAAACAGGCAUAAACUGACUCACACAGGAGAGAAGCCAUUUACCUGUGGUGACUGUGGGAAAAGCUUCAAUCGCAAGGAGACCUUAACUACUCACAAACUGACUCACACAGGAGAGAAACCAUUUAUCUGUGGUGACUGUGGGAAAAGCUUUAUUCGGAAGGAGCACCUCACCAUGCAUAAACUGACUCACACAAGAGAGAAACCAUUUAGCUGUGGUGACUGUGGGAAAAGCUUCAAUCGGAAGGUGAGCCUAACUGAACAUAAACUGACUCACACAGGAGAGAAACCAUUUAGCUGUGGUGACUGUGGGAAAAGCUUCAAUCGGAAGGGGCACCUCACCAUGCAUAAACUGACUCACACAAGAGAGAAACCAUUUAGCUGUGGUGACUGCGGGAAAAGCUUCAAUCGGAAGGAGCCUUUAACCAUGCAUAUACUGACUCACACAGGAGAGAAACCAUUCACCUGUGAUGACUGCGGGAGGAGCUUUAUUCUGAAGGGGGACCUAAGGAGACAUAUACUGAUUCACACAGGAGAGAAACCAUUUAGCUGUGGUGACUGUGGGAAAAGCUUCAAUCGAAAGGGGCAUCUAACCAUGCAUAAACUGACUCACUCAGGAGAGAAACCUUUUAGCUGUGGUGACUGUGGGAGGACCUUCAUUCAGAAGAGGGACCUAAGGAGACAUAUACUGAUUCACACAGGAGAGAAACCAUUUAGUGGAAAAGAUUCUAUCUGAAAAAACAGGGCUGCUCAGUCUGAUAAAAUAUAAUUUCAGAAGACUAAUCUGCUGAAACGUGUAUUUAAAAAAAACAUCCACAAAGAAAGUAAAUGAGCACACAGAGAGGGGACUAAGAGAGUAUUGAGAUACACCUGUGGACCAACUCUAGCUGGUCCUCCUGAUCCUGCUCAGUCCAAUGUCACAGUAAUGAUAUAAUGGGGCUGUUGUCUGAGCCUAACAGGUAAUGUUGCUACUCUUUGUGUAUGAAAUGGACAACCUGCAGUUCAGACAACCACCACUUUUUAGGUGAACAACUGAGGGAUGGUGUUGGAGAGUUGUGAACACUCAAUGUUGUAGUCAGAUAUGGAUACAAUAUGUCCAGAUCUGAUGCAGGUUUUCCAAUAGGCGGCCUGUUGGUGGUUUUAUUUGGCCCCCAAGUUUUCUGAGCAAAACAAGAUAUCAUUUUUUUUUUUUUUUAUGUUUAUUCAUUGUUAGACAUUUUUCAAAUUAAUUAAGGGAAUCUGUUCUAUGAAAUAACACAUGGAAUCAUGUAGUAACCAACAGUGUUAAAACAAAAUAUAUUGAAUAUUUUCUAUUCUUCAAAUUAGCCACACAUUUUUUGUAACCUGGGGAUUAGUGAUUGGAUAAGGGGGAUGUUUUGUAACCAGGGCAGUAGUGAUUAGAUA